AUGCCAUCACCAUCCCGCCUCCAAACCUCCAUCGAGGAUGCCACGACCAACACCAUCAACGCCGCUAUUGCAAAGAAACAGACACGAGAAGCCGAAGCCGAAGCCCAAACCGCGGCACGUGCCCAAGCCCAAGCUGCGAGAAACGCUCAAGCACAAGCUGCGAUAGCGGCUCAAGCUCACGCUUAUGCCCAAGCUCAAUCCCAACUAGCAGACCAAGCCGCAGAACAGGCCGUAGCCGCAACCGCAGCGGCCAUAGUAGCAACCCAGCACGCCCGGGAAAUCCGCGAAGCAUUCCAAUACACUAUGCGAACCAUGCGGCGGCACGCACUCGGAUUGAGCAGUGAUGUAGAGAGAGAGAGACGGGGACGAGAAGAGACCUGGAAUACGUUCCAAGCUCUAGUUCGGCGACUUGAAGACCAGCGUGGACACCGCGGUGAGACAAGGGGUGAAGAGCAAGAGCCUCGUCCUUCGCCUCCACCCGCUGCGGAAGAGUACCACCAUUGCGACUUUGACCAUUGCAACGGUCUUUGUACGUAUCUCAAAGACUGA